CCCUGCUCCAGCACCAGGAAGCACGGCUGGUCACCCUGUGCAACCAGCCCCGGAGGCUGAGAGCCUGGAGGUGGGAUUAAGCCAGGCUUUGAUUAAUCCCCUCCCAGCAACCAGACUUUAUAAAUCCCCUGGUGCCACCCCUUGCAGCACCCAGGGGUGCCCCAGGGGCUGGCCCAGCAUGGCCCAGCAGCGCCGUGUCCAGCUCUCCACCCAGCGUCCCACCAGCACCGUCUGCGUCCUGGGCACUGAGCUCUCCCUGGAUAUCUGUGGCUCUGCACCCAAGGAUGCUGUUGCCUUCCACGUCCAGGGGACACCAGGUGUGAAGCUCUAUGUGGUGCAUGAGAAGCAGAGCAUCAAGUUGCCCUCCACCGUGGGCCGCUGGCCCCUGGCCACCAGCACUGAGGUGCUGCUGGCCAUGGAUGCCCUCAGCAAGGAUGUGGGUGAUGAAAAGGUCAGGAUCUCAUAUUUUGGGGAGACUGGUGGGGUGCCCGUGGGCAGAGCCAUGCUGUACCUCACCUGCGUGGAGGUCUCGCUGGACGCCGACACCACCCGCGGCGGAGCCGUGAGCAGGACACUGCUGGAUAAGACAACAUGGACCUGGGGUCCUGAUGGCCAUGGGGCCAUCCUGCUGGUGAACUGCGACCGCGAUGACCCCGAAGCCGAGAUGCCGGAUAACCGGGACGACACCAUCCGCUCCUACGCCGACCUAAAGGACAUGUCCCAGAUGGUGCUGAGGACCCGAGGCCCCCGCACCAUCUUCGCUGGCCACCGCCUCCUCCUCCACGUGGACUUUGGCCACGCCAAUAAAGUCAGAGUUUUCUACGGUGGCAGCUGUGCUUCACUGGAGGAGUACAAGCACGUGUUGGGGGGCUCCAAGCUCGUCUACGCCCUGAAGCCCAGCCGGCACCAGGAGGAGAGCACCUUCUAUGUGGAGGGACUUGCCUUCCCAGAUGUUGGCUUUUCAGGGCUGGUGGCCUUCCAUGUCACACUGCUGGAGAGCCCUGAGAAGGGGUUGCUGGAGACACCGAUUUUCACCGACACGGUGGUUUUCCGCGUGGCUCCGUGGAUCAUGACCCCCAACACGGCAGCACCACUGGAGGUUUUUGUCUGCAGUGUGGAUGAUAACGAGCAUUUUGUGGCUGCUGUGGGUGCCCUGGCUGAGAAAGCCAAAUGCCCGCUCACCAUCUGCCCGCCGCCCGAGAACCGCCAGGACCGUUGGAUCCAGGACGAGGUGGAGUUUGGCUACGUACAAGCCCCUCACAAGACCUUCCCUGUCGUCUUCGAUUCGCCCCGUGACAGAGGGCUGAGGGAUUUCCCUGUCAGAAGCAUCUUGGGCCCUGAUUUUGGUUAUGUGGCCCGGAAAGCUCCAGAAGGUGCUUCCAGCCUUGAUUCCUUUGGUAAUUUGGAGGUGAGUCCCCCCGUGACAGUGCAGGGCAAGGAAUACCCCUUAGGUCGCAUCCUCAUCGGCAGCAGCUUCCCCAGAUUCGGUGGCCGGCGGAUGGCGAAGGCCGUGAGGGAUUUCCUGGUUGCCCAACAAGUCCAGGCUCCAGUGGAGCUUUUUUCUGACUGGCUCCAGGUUGGCCAUGUAGAUGAAUUCCUCAGCUUUGUCCCUGCUCCUGACCGGAAGGGUUUCCGGCUGCUCCUGGCCAGCCCCAGUGCCUGCUACCAGCUCCUCAAGGAGAAGCAAGAGGAGGGGUUUGGAGAGGCAGCAAUGUUCCAGGGGCUGGAGGGGGUGCCCAAGCCCACGAUAACUGAGAUCCUGGCUAACGAAGGGCUCCGGAAAUUCAAUAAUUAUGUCCAGAGCUGCAUCAGCUGGAACAGGGACAUCCUGAAGCGAUCUCUGGGGCUGGCUGAGCCAGACAUCCUGGACAUCCCCCAGCUCUUCCGUGGAGCUGCUGCCACCGGUGCUGAGGCCUUCUUCCCAGACAUGGUGAACAUGCUGGUGCUGGGCAGACACUUGGGCAUCCCCAAGCCCUUUGGACCACGGGUGGGUGGGCAGUGCUGCCUGGAGGAGCGGGUACGGGAGCUGCUGGAGCCCCUGGGCCUCACCUGCACCUUCAUUGAUGACUACUUCUCCUACCAUGUCCUCUCUGGGGAGAUCCACUGUGGCACCAACGUCCGCCGGAAGCCCUUUGCCUUCAAGUGGUGGCACAUGGUGCCUUGAAGUGGCCUCAGUGCCACCAUUCCUCCUCUUCCUUCCCAAAUCAUCCAAUCCCAGACUGGUUUGGGUUGGAAAGGACCUUAAAGAUCAUCUAGUUCCAACUCUGUCCCUCUCCCCAUCCCCUCAAGUGCCUUCAGCAGCGGUGGCCUUGGAAAUAAAAAAGGGCUGCAGCUUUC